AGUUUGGGAUUCUGCCUUGGACGGCAUAAUACGCGCAUACCAAUAGGGUUCAUGGCUCAAAGUUAGAUUUUAUUCUCGGUGUUGCCGUGUUUUAAAUGUGACUCGUUUUAAUGAAGUACAGAUGUCUGGUCGCAUUUCCACACUCAGCAAACGUUGUGGCGCUUCACUUUUCCGAGCCUUGUGGAGUUCCGGUUUCCUCGAUUGCCGACUGUAUUACUUCCGGUUUUGUCCACGAGAAUGUUAGAUAGUUAUUAGAAGUUACAGGAAAUAUACUAAGGCUGUUAAUUACAGAACGGAAAACACACUCUAAGCCUUGUUAACUGUGCGAGAAGUUUCGGCUGUAAAUGGCGAAGGUUUUGGUCACAGUGGUGUUGAUUUUGUUCACACUGAAUUGUGAGCAGGUGUGUGCUGUGUCAGAAACCGCCUCGACCAUGUACUCCGCUGUUAGGAGCUUGGCUGAUGAUGCUCACUCCUAUCUGGUUUCCCUGUUAGGUAAAAAAACAGUCGACACACUACUAAAGACCAUGGGAGAUGCUGUAAAAGUGACAUCACAGGCCACAGCUCAUGCUCUAAAUGUAGUUGCGGCAUACAUCGAAGAUCUUCUUGAUUUCAAGAUGCCUGAAAAACGCUUUACCCCUGAAGGUGUGGUCUUCGUGGCUCAGUGGGCUUUGCUGGCUGUGCUUGCAUACUGGCUGCUGUCCUUGGCAGUUUGUUUGCUGUCUGGUGUUUUUAGACGAACCUUGUUUCUACUAAAAGUUGUCUUUGCCAUUGCUGCAUUCGGGCUGAUUGUGAGUGAUGGUGAAGCCAGUGCCGAAACCACAGCGAUGAGACUAGCAGGCCUGGUUUUUGCUUGCAUCCUGCUGGGAGUUGGACCUUCAUUUUGGAGAGGAGAUGCCACUACCCACUUGGAGCAAAAAGUCAAGGCGCUGGAGAAACAGCUAAGGGAGAUGGAGAGGAAAAUAAAAGAAGAAUGAGAGACCUUGAAUUUAAAGAAAUUAUGCAGCUUGUGUUAACCUGGGCCUUCUAUCCAAGGAACAGUGAUUUUGAAUCUGUGUUGGCUGAGUGGAUGUGUGCAUGUCCAAAGAUGUGUUUCUCCAUACAGUGAGCGACAGACAUGAUGGAGCAGUGAAAUAACAAAAACAUAUGAAGCUGCUCUAGUAAUGAUUAUGACAGACAUGGAUUUUACAAGAUGGACAAUUGGACGUGGGGACUUUUUAUUAUUGGGCAAAAGUUUAUCCUGUUUCUUAUGUUUAGACACUCUUUGAUUGGUUGUGGUUUAAAUAUAUUUAUAUAUAUUUAUGUAAAUUUUUUAAACGUUCAGACAUUUUAUUUUAUUCUUCCAAAACACUGCAUAAACAGAUGGACGAUUGUAAAAUUAAACUUG